AUGAACAAUCCAGGAAGGCAAGGGAAUUUCUCUGGCAAUUACAAUCAGAAUCAAGGUUGGAGGAAUAAUCAAAAUCAAUAUUCUGGUUGGAAGCAAGAAGCAGGGCCAUCAAAAAGGCAACCUCCACAAAAGCCAUAUCAGAAUCAACAUUCUUAUCAACCGGAUAAGCUAACAAAAAUGGAGGAAGCCCUUACACAAUUCAUGCAGGUUUAUAUAACUAAUCAGAAAAAUACUGAAGCUUUUAUUAGAAAUCUGGAAGUACAAAUAGGGCAGUUGGCUAAGCAAUUGGCAGAGCAGCAAAGCAAUAACUUUUUAGCCAAUACACAGGUCAAUCCUAAAGAGUAUUGUCAAUCAAUUACAACCAGGAGAGGCACUAUGAUAGAAAGAGGGAUAGGUGAUAAUUUGAGAGAAAAUAAAGAUGAGCAAGAUAAAGAAAACAGUGUAGUUGAGUUUGAAAGUGAGAAAGAGGUGGAGUUGAAUAAAGAGGCAGGAAAAAUAGAAAAUAAUAAAAAAAAGAGUGAAAAAGAUGAGAGGAGUAAUGGAGCUGUGAGGGAGAAGAGUAAGAAGAAAAGGAAAGAAGUUAAUAGACCUCCUCCUAUGAAGAAUUUACCUUACCCACAUGCUCCAUCAAAGAAAGAUAAGGAACGACAGCUUCCAAGGUUCCUUGAUACAAUCAAUAGGUUACAGAUCAACAUACCCUUUGCAGAGGCCCUAGAACAGAUGCCAUCUUAUGCAAGAUUCAUGAAGGAGCUUUUGAUAAAGAAGAGAAAACUUAGUGAGGAUGAAACAGUGGAAUUAGAGGCAGGUUGCAGUGCUAUAAUUCAAAGAUCACUUCUGCAAAAAUAUAGAGACCUAGGGAGUUUUACCUUGCCAGUCACCAUUGGCGAUCUCUCUGUGGGCAAGACAUUAUUAGAUUUAGGGGCUAGCAUCAAUCUUAUGCCCUUAUCUAUGUCAUAG